UGUUUGAGUUUUUUUCAUUUCUUAUCUUCAGUAUUUUCAUAUGAUUGUGAGUGUGUUUAUUUUUGUUAACUAUUAAUUGUAAUUAGAGGUGUGUUUCCUAUUUCAUUAUUAUUACGGUGAACAAGUGUCAAAAUUUUCUAUUGUGUGUUGUUGGUUAAGUUAAAUGGAUCACAAUGAAUAAUUUAGUUAACCUAAAUUUUCCCUCUGCUUUUGACAAGUCCAAAGCUGAUCCACCAAGUUUGGUUGUUGCCCCGGAGGAGGAAGACUCGGACAAUGAUGAACCCUUGUUGAGUGGUUCAGGUGAGGUUUCCAAAGAGUGUAGUGAAAUUGAGUUACAAGGAUGGGCUGAAGUAUUGGCCAAAUGGAGGAAAGAUCUAUCUCACCGACCGAAAGGACUAGCAGAGCUGGUCAAAAAAGGUGUACCCCAAGCCUUGAGAGGUGAAGUCUGGCAGUUAUUGGCCUGUUGUCAGGAUGAUUCGGUUUUGAUGGAAGAAUAUCGAGUUUUAAUUACAAAGGAAACUCCUUUCGAACUGUUCAUUCGUAAAGAUACCAAUAGAACAUUCCCCGCCAAUGAAUACUUUAAGGAAUCUGGUUCAUCGGGACAAGAUUCACUUUAUCGGUUAUGUAAAGCAUAUUCCAUUUACGAUCAAGAGAUUGGUUAUUGUCAAGGAUUAACCUUCAUGACGGCAGCUUUACUCCUUCAUAUGCCAGAAGAACAAGCCUUUUGUCUUCUGGUUAAGAUUAUGCAUCAAUAUGGUGUUCGUAAUUUAUUUCGUUCUGGUUUUGAGGAGUUACAGUUACGUUUUUAUCAAUUGGAAAGGAUCAUGGAGGAUUUAAUACCCGAUCUACAUCAACAUUUUGUUACCUCUGGUAUUGAGGCUCAUAUGUACGCCUCCCAAUGGUUUCUAACACUUUUCAGUGCUAAAUUUCCUCUUCAUGUUGUAUUUUAUAUACUUGAUUUGUUUCUACUUCAAGGAAUGGAGACCAUUUUUCAAGUUGCCAUUGCCCUUCUCUUGUUAUCCCGUAAAGAGCUUCUCUCACUUGAUUUUGAGGGUGUACUUAAACACUUCCGUGUAUAUUUGCCUAAAAGGUACCGGGUGGAAGAAAAUGCUCGAAUUCUCUUACAAACAGCCGUAAAUGUGAAAAUUAAGAAGUUAGUCAAGUACGAGAAAGACUAUCAAGCAACCAAAGCAAAUCGCAUUGAUCCAGUGGAGAGAUUAAAACAGGAGAAUAAAAAAUUACUGGAAAGUAAUAUGAGAUUGGAACAAGAGAAUGAUGAUCUAGCUCAUGAUUUAGUGAACAGUAAAAUACAAUUAAGAGCACAAUUGGACAUAUCAGAGGAUAAAGUUGAUUCACUUUCAAAGGAGCUCCUGGCAACCAAAAAAUUGCUCGUUGAUACUGAAGAGGAAAAGAAAAGAUUGGAAGAUGAGAUUACUCAGGUUAAAGAGGUUUUCAGGAAAGCGACGGCCAAAACUGAUGUCGACAUUAAAAGAGAUGCCAAGAUAAUCGGACAAUAUAAGGAAAUUUGUUCCAAAUUAAGUGAACAAUUAGAGAAAGAACAAACCAACCUAAAUGAGAAACUGGAUGCGUUGGCGAUCUCAUGCAAAGAAUGUGACAACUGUAGCUCAAUACUAAACAAAUUCAUCUCGGGAGAGAAAGAGGGACAAGAUAAAGUUCGUCAAGAGCAAAACAUGGGAAAUGGUUCAGUGCCUGUCGAUGCAACUUGUUCACAUCCACUAUCGUUGGCAGCACAAAGCGAAUCUUCAAUGGCAUCCAAACUUAGAGAGCUCGAAUUGGAAUUAGCGCAAACUAAACUGGCCCUUGUUGAGGCCGAAUGUCAAAAUCAAGAGCUUAUCCACCAACUGACCAACAUCCAAGCUGAAGCACAACAAGCGAAAAACUCUUGGUUAACAAAGACACUUUCAUCUAUUCGUGAAGUGACCAAGAAAGAAUCAAAAGAGAGAGAUCGAACUCGAGACAAUGGGUCAUUUUCUCGUCAAGGAAGCCGCGAAUUUCCGUCCUGAGGCAAGAAAAUAAAUUGAUAGAAAAACAAGACAAACUCGAUUUAGUGAACAAAAUCAAUGAGAACAUUUUUGAUUCUCAGGAUAACUUUUAUUUACCCUCAUUUUGAUAAUAAAUGAAUUAACCUAAUCAUUAAAAGACCAUGGAAACAACAACCAUCACCAACAAUUAACUAACACACGGAAUCAACAAAGUUACAAAUUCCAUCACUACUAAAACUAAUAUUAUUAUUAUUAUUAUCUUCAAGUCACAACAAAGCAGAAAAAAAUUACAAUUUACAAAUAUCAUCAACCACAAAUCAACUUCAUCAUUAACAAAUUAAUCACAAUGACACACUAAUUGUUCAACAAUAUACACACAAUCAUCAUUGGUAUGGCCAUAAAGUAUAUAAACAAUGGGAAGGAUCAACAGCUAUUUUGUGAGAAAUCAAAUUAACCGGAAUCAACAGUUAAUUCAAUCAAAACUAAUUAAAAGCCUGUAAAUUCAAUUGUGAAAUUAUAUAUUUUAUUGAUACCGAUUGUCAAUCAGUCCAGUCAAGAUAGUGGAGCAAUUAUUUAUCACUAAUUGUUGACUGGUUUUAUAUCUUCGUCAAGUGGAAAGCAAACGGGAAUCACAAGCGAUGGUUAUUACUACAUUUAUCCGCCAUUUUCUUUUCUUUCUUUCUUUCUUUCUUUCUUUCCUCUGCUCUCUAUUUUCGCCUUGAUUCCUUUCUCUUCAUUUCCCAUUCCUCUCUUUCUCUCUCUCAGUGAUUUCACUUGUUAAAUUGAUUGCGACAAAUGACAAACAGAAACUUUCGAUAAUUAUGAUUAUAUAAAUAUAGAUUAUUGGACAAUUAAAUUGGACAAAUUAACAAGCAAAUCGUAAUUAAAUGGUUCUAAUUACAUUUUGUACCAUAAUAAAUAUUUCAACCUAUUAACUCAAUUCAUCCGAAAUUAAUUUUAAAAUAAAAAUUUCAAAUGACAA